UAAAUUUUCUCUAAUUUCCAACAAAAAUGUAUUAUAAAGGCGAAAUGUAUUUAUUUAGUAUUUUGGUAAUUUGCUCAUCAAUUUCAAUGCCAGAGGCGUUUGACUUGCAUUCAUUAGACUAUAUCGAUGAAAUAAUAUCAUUUGUUACUGAGAGUUCUUCGGAUGAAACUGCCGGCCAACAAUUGGAUCAAUUAAAAAUUGAUAAUGAGAAAAAUUAUGCCAAGAUAAUUAAUAAAUAUUUUACGGAAGCUCCACAUUUAGAAGUAACGAAUGAAGAGUAUGAGAAACUAGAAGGACUGAUUGAAAAAAUUGAUAAAGCUUGGGAACAAUUUGGGACCAAAGACUUAACGGAUGAUGACAAGAAUAAACUGAGUGAUUUGCCUGAGACUCUUAGCCAGCUGUACAAAAUUUACGUAGGCGAUGGUGCUGACAAGAAUUUGCCCACUCGCAUUACAAAAGAUGAACGACCAGAUUUAUGCGAAAUAACAAGCAACGAUCAAUCACGUCUACGUAAAUUACAUCAAGCUGUCAUACUAUCUGAACUGAGAGGAUUCAUUUUAAGUCUCAAGUCAUCGGAGGACGAUGAAAAAACUACAGCACGAGCUAUUUUACACUCUGAAGAAUAUAUUUUAGCAACGCAAAAUGGAUUCGAAAAUACUUUAGAUUGGUACCGUCGUUGUGAUCCACCAGAACAUAUUAGAGAUAAAACAUUUUCUGAAUUCCUCGGCCUCUUUCAAGGACUUCUAGUUAAUGGUCGACAAACAAAUGCCUUUAGUAACGGACGCUGUUCAAGUUCUUGUGAUGCAAUUGAUUUUUCUCGUAUUGUUAAAUCAUGUUACAGUUGGCUUUUUGGAUAUGGUCACGAACGUUACUGCUCUAAAAAGUCUUGCAAUGGUGUAAUCUACGAUUGUUCUUACAUUGGCACUGCAAAAGCUUGUGAAUUGGGUAACGAUUCUGAUAGACGAUUUCAAUGGGCUCAGCUUGAUAGUACCCUACUAGGUCCAUCCUCGGAUACUUGCGAAGGUUCUAGAGUUAAACUGAAGGAUAGUACCGUGGAUUUCAAUACAUGUCCAACGUGUAUGUGUACUUGCGCUGAAGAAGAUGGCAAGUCAAAAGCUGUUAGAGCAAUAAGUUUUAUACCACAACUCGCAAAUAUUCAAGAUAACAUGAUUGUCACUGGAGUUCGUUUUGUCAACAAAUAUAAUCUAUUUCACGUCCAAAUUGAGCAGAGUAAAUUAGGGCCUUAUGGUGAAAUAGUCCCGGGAACAUCAAAAUGGAAAAAGUUGUCACGUUUUACUUAUGAAUCAACCGGCAAAGGCACUUUUGCAAUGGCUAAUAAGAAAGGUCGAAGAGAAUUAGUAAGCUCGCUGGACUUUAAAUUUAUCACUCAUGAUAAAAGAACAAUAAAUAUCGAUCAAUUGAAGACACCAAGGGGUGAAAUAAUUGUUGGAGUUAGUUUUUCUGCUGACAUAAAAACAGAUGCUAUUCAAUUACAAAUUCUUUCAUGGCCAUUUGAUUACGAAACUGGUAAACUAAAAAAUCCCGUUGAUUUGGAGGGCGAGGAUGCUGAUUUUGAAAAUGAUUGGAUAAAUUGGGAAAAUACACCAAGACGUUCGAGUGAAUACGAUAGAAAGAGGCGUAAACUAAAUUUGUUCAAAUUGGAUGAUCCUAUAAAAGCACCUACAAACCCACCAUAUUCAGAUCCCAAUGAAGCACUCAAAAUACGAGCUACUGGUUUUGGAUUAGACAUGGCCCAACACACGAUUCCUUAUAUUGAUUUACAGCCGGUGACAUUUUCGGACAUCAAAUUUCCGCUUGGUGGAUUGGAAUUAAUUUAUCGAAGAAAAAAAGGUUAUGGCGGUUUUCUGAGUUUAAAAAUGCGCGCUUACGAUAUUAGUGACUUCUUUGGUAGUGAAAUGUCUCAAGAUGACAUUGAUAAAUAUAAAAAUGAUUUCGAUGAAGAUCUCGUUAUCGAUGUACCAGUUAAAUCUGCUUAAUUGUAGUAUUUUGUUACGUUCUGGCUUUAAUUAUAUUUAAACAAAACUUUCUUUCGGUAAUAUACAGUCAGAACAAGUGAUUCAUACCGUCCAUGGUUACAAGCGUACCAACAGAAAACUCUAUGCAAGACAUCUCUAUGCAGGAAAAAAGUUUUCUAAACUCACAUACUUCAAAAAUUUUAGUUUCAAUCGUAUAGUUAUAUUUUAAUAAAUUUAGUAAAUAAACAAUGUGUUUAUAAAUUAUAUUAUGAAAUUAUAAUAUAUAUUAUAAGGUAAUAUUAUGAGGUAAUACAACGAAUUCUAGGGAUGUGCGAAUCGCGUUCGAAUCGAAUCGAAUAUAACUAUUCAAUUCGAAAUUCGAAUUUCCGAAUUAUUUGAAUAUUUAAGAAUUAUCCGAAAAUUUUUUUACGUGUUGUAACUUAUUAAAUUACUCGAUUGACAACGAGACAAUUUUGAUCAACUUUCAAAAUUGUUUUUUAAUUUUUUUCAAAAAAAUACACGCUUCUUGACUUAAAUUUUCAUCAUUAAUAUCAUCGAUUUCAUAAAUUUAAGCCUCACCCGAUGAAAAAAGAUUUUAUACAAUUGUAUAGAAUUAUAUAUCAAUUAUAUAUGGACUAUAUAUAAUUAUAUAUAGACUAUAUAUAAUUGGAUAGAAAAAAUGGC